UUGUUGUUGUCAGCGAUAUCUUUGCUAUAUACAUACUUACGCUAAGAUUGUUUUCAUAUCUCCUACAUUUAUUUACUUAUAAUAAAAUUUAAUAAAAUACCCUGCAUAUAAUCGCUUAGAAAAAAAUGAUUCGAAUUUAAUAAGUUGGUGAAGUAAAUAUGUACUCGAAAAUAAGUGAUAUAAAGUAUUUUCCGUCUGAAAAAACAAAAUUUUAAAGUGGCCCAUAAUGCACUAUCGGCAGAUGCCAACUCAAUUACAGUUCGGUUAGGAAAUUGCAAUCUGGGACUUUCUAACUGUGAAAAAAUUAUACCUAAACAUUUUGGAAGUUGUAUCUAAUAGCUGUUAUUAAUAAUUGUUCAAUUAAAUGUGUCCCAUCAAUCUGAGACGAUUUUGUGAAGAGUGGCGUAUCUGGAUACGGCCACUUCUAAUCGUCACCUACUGUAUUUUUUUAAUUAUCGUAGUUCCUUUGCUAAUUGUAAAUACUGUUAAGGAUGGAUUCCAGCGCGUUGAUCAGCUUAUACUUAUUGGUGGCCUAUUUGUUUUAUCAGCAGUACCAAUUUCGAUUUGGCACAUUAUUCAACACGUCAUACACUUUACAAAACCGAUAUUACAAAAACAUAUUAUUCGAAUUUUAUGGAUGGUUCCAAUAUAUGCCCUUAAUGCGUGGAUAGGUCUGUUCUUUCCAAAGCACUCUAUAUACGUAGACUCGCUUCGUGAAUGUUACGAAGCAUAUGUGAUUUACAACUUUAUGGUCUACCUGUUACACUAUCUCAAUUUGGGAAUGGAUCUGGAAGCAACCAUGCAGUAUAAACCACAGGUUUAUCAUUUCUUUCCUCUUUGUUGUAUGAGACCUUGGGUUAUGGGCCGCGAGUUUAUACAUAAUUGUAAACAUGGCAUACUUCAAUACACCGUUGUUCGACCCAUUACUGCCUUUAUUUCUGUUAUUUGCGAGAUAUGUGGUGUCUAUGGGGAAGGAACAUUUGCUGGUAAUGUGGCAUUUCCUUACAUAGUUGUGAUCAACAAUAUUUCACAAUUUGUGGCCAUGUAUUGCUUAGUACUCUUUUACAGAGCAAAUAAAGAAGACUUGAAACCAAUGAAACCGAUACCCAAAUUCCUUUGUAUCAAAGCGGUGGUUUUCUUCUCAUUUUUCCAAGGUGUAAUAUUAUUUUUAUUGGGGUACUAUCAGCUUUUACAGAAAAUAAUCACACUUGGAGAUAUUGACACAAAUUUGGCGUCUAUGCUACAGAAUUUUCUCAUUUGCAUUGAGAUGUUCAUCGCUGCGGUCGCGCACAUUUACAGUUUCCCGCAUCAUCCAUUUCAUAUCAAUUCGCCACAAUAUUGGAAUAAUCCAAAUCAUAAUUGGUGCCGUGCAUUCCUCUCAAUGAUGGACAUUUCGGAUAUGCAACAAGAUGUCACGGAACAUCUCGGCGUAGUAAGCAGUUCGAUCAGUCGACAUUUUCAAGGACGGAGCACCUAUCAACCUCUCUCUCGUGGACCCCGCCGUUCCAGUAGUGAAACGGAGUACCUGAUGAGCAAGCGAGAAGAUGGUGAUAGCACUGCAGAUGGCAUGGUUAGUGACAUGCCCACAACGAGCUCUAUGAUCGGCGAUGUAAUGAUAGUUGGCGGCGGUAGCGCUGUUGUACAAAAAGGUAAUAGAAAAAAAUAUAAUACGAAUUUCGCUAGUAAACCAUUGGUUAAAGCCAAUCGCUACGGAGCUACUGAUAAUCUUUUAUUGCCUGUUGGCGAGGUCGCACUAACCACUGAUUCUACAUCUCACAUCCACUUAGCAGGGAACCGUGCAGCGCACAACACUUCAGAUAAAGCGCCGACAACUACCAACAUAGCAACCGCUGGAACGCAUUCCAAUUUCGGUAUAAAUAUACAAAAGCGGGAAGUGCAUGCGCGCGAAUACUCACCACAACAACUAUAUGGUGCGCCUGUGCCCAGUGGCAAUAGUUUCUUGCAAGCACGAAAUGUAGGUGUACAUUCCGGCAGCAUUCCCGAGGCAGAUGAUGAUUUUGUCUCUUUAAUUGGGGCUGGCAGAUGACAGCGUAAUCUUGAAAGUAGUAACCACAGUCAUAAUAUCAAUUCAUCAGUGGUCGAGUCGACAUCAAUGUCUGUAUCGGCAUCGGUGAAUUUUUCUAGUAGUCUUAAACUGUCGACCGGCGAUAGCGGCAGUUGCAGCUCCUCUGAUUGGCUAAGCACGUCGCACUCUGAAGAAAACAACGACGACAAUGACAGCAACGACGAUGACAACAACUUAACACCGAACGAUGCUAAUAUUUGUGAUAUUCGGCAAAUAAGUGACAUAGGGGGGAAUAACAGUGUUGGUGGUGCAAAUGCUGCUUAUAACAUUGAUGAAAUGGAAAUGUCACCGAACCACGCAGCCACGAGACGAUCACGACAAAGACCUACUAACAACGAGCACAUCACAUAAAUUGCGCGGCGACGAUACUACACAGAUUUUAAUUUCUUGCUUAAUUUUGUGUUAGUAUGCUGUUAUUAUUAUUUACUUUGUAUGUUGUUAGAGUUAGAUAUGCUUAUUAUAUACUAUAAUUUAUAUUGCUAACACUGUAGUCACGAUGCAAUGAAACCAAUUAUGAUUUGUAUACUGUCGA